AAAAUGCCUCCCAAAUUCGACCCAACUGAGAUUAAGAUCGUGUACCUGCGAGCCAUCGGCGGUGAGGUAGGUGCCACAUCAUCUCUUGCCCCCAAGAUCGGUCCCCUCGGUCUGUCGCCAAAGAAGGUCGGUGAUGAUAUCGCCAAGGCCACCUCUGACUGGAAGGGCCUGAAGAUCACCUGCAAGCUGAUUAUCCAGAACCGUCAGGCCACCAUCGAGGUGGUGCCAUCGGCUGCUUCGCUGAUCAUCAAGGCUCUGAAGGAGCCGGCCCGUGACCGAAAGAAGGUCAAGAACAUCAAGCACAACGGCAACAUUACCCUCGAUGAGGUUAUCAAGAUUGCCCGCACCAUGCGCCCUCGCAGUAUGGCCCGCAAGUUGGAAGGCACCGUCAAGGAGAUUCUCGGAACCGCUUGCUCCGUCGGCUGCACCAUCGACGGCUCCAACCCACAAGAUGUGAUCCAGAAGAUCAGAGAUGGCGAUUUGGAGAUCCCGGAAGAGUAA